GUACCAUUCGAUGAUCCGAUGCCGCGGCGGUACUGGCAGCAAUCGGGCGCUGGCAAUGGCGCCGCUCCUCCUCCGCCUCCUCCUCCUCCUCGGCCUAGGGUUAUCGCCGAUCGCGCUGGGAGCCGGCGUGGACGCCAGGAACUGGGGCACCGAUGAGCACCAUCGCAAAUUCUCGGGCGUCAUCAUCCCCGGAUUCAUGUCCACGCGCCUCCGCUCGUGGUCGCUGCUGGAUUGCCCCUUCUCGCCGCUCAAUUUCAACCCGCUAGACCCGGUGUGGCUCGACACUAGGAAGGUCUUGUCGGUCCCAUACUGCUGGAUGAAGUGCAUGGUGCUGGAUCCCGUGAACCAGACGGAUCAUCCAGAGUGUAAAUCGCGACCCGACAGUGGCAUCGCCGCGAUCAGCGAGCUUGAUCCAGGCUAUAUCACUGGGCCUCUUUCCUCGGUCUGGAAGGACUGGGUUGCUUGGUGCGUAGAAUUUGGAAUCGAGGCGGAGUCUAUCGUCGCGGCACCGUAUGACUGGAGGCUCGCGGGGUCUGCUCUAGAGGCACGAGACCUCUACUUUCAUAGGCUAAGGCUAACUUUCGAAACAUGUCGAAAGCUUCGAGGAGGCCCGUCGCUCGUCUUCGCUCACUCGCUCGGGAACAACGUGUUUCGGUAUUUUUUGGAGUGGCUCAAGCAAGAGAUUGCUCCAAAGGACUACUUGAUGUGGAUCGAUGAUCACAUAUUCGCAUAUCAUGCUCUUGGUGCGCCAUUCCUGGGAGCUGCAGAAACAGUGAAAGGGUGGCUAUCUGGAGUGACAUUUGGGCUUCCUAUUGCCGAGGGGACGGCCAGGUCGAUGCUUUCAACUUUCAGCUCGGGAUUAUGGAUGCUACCAUUUUCUCCGAGCUGUGUUCCCUCGACGAAAGCAUGCUGCUGUACAGGGCGAGAUUCCUGCAAUGAGGACGAUGCUUUCAGCUGGCCUAUGGACGUUCUUAAGAUCGACGUGCCGAUGGAUGCUGGUUUCUCUUUGGAGGUCAACCCGUUACCAACUUUACCAGAGUGUUCUCUUCCUUUUCAGCGAACCUAUCCUGCUCAGAAAAUAGCAGAUGGAACUAUUUUCCUAGAGAACCUGGAUAUUGACGCAGACGGAAAAUCCGCAUUUGAGCUGCUCAAGAAAUACUACUUGGAUGAUCCUGUACUUAAUCCACUCACCCCAUGGGAGAGACCACCUAUCAAGAACGUGUACUGUAUCUAUGGCGUCAAUCUGAAAACGGAGGUUGGGUAUCAUUUUGCACCGACUGGGAGGCCAUUUCCAGACAAUUGGAUGAUGAAAGAUGUCUUUUAUGAAACGGAUGGCACUCUUGUGUCGAGGUCGGGCGUAGAAGUGCAAGGAUCUCCAAGUGCUGUAACCGGGGAUGCAACGGUGCCAUACAACUCGCUUUCGUGGUGUAAGACAUGGCUGGGCGAGCAAGUAAACGUGACGCGGGCUCCUCAGACGGCACACGACGGCUCAGACGUCCAAGAGCUUUUCAACGUUGAGCCUCGCCCUGGAGGCGACAUUCCUGUCAACGUGAGCCGGGACAACAGAAUGAAGUAUAUCACGUACUAUGAAGAUGCGCUGUCCAUACCCGGAAAGAAGACCGCCGUCUGGGAAGUCGACAAGAUCGACCACAGAAACUUGGUUCGAUCUCCUGUUCUGCUCAGGGAGCUUUGGCUGGAGAUCUUGCACGACUCCCAUCCUCAGGCAACCCGAAGUUUUGUGUCCAAAGCCAAGAGGGAACCUAUGCGAGACGAGGAUUGCUUCUGGGACUACUCCAAAGCACGGUGUGCUAUGAUGCAGCGAUGCGAAUACAGGUAUGUCUUUGGCGACGUCCAUCUCGGACAGAGCUGCCGAUUGAAAGCCUCAACUGGCACACACAUUUUACAUUACUUGUAAAGGCGAGAUACGCAGAACUUAGAGUUGGCUAACGGUAGAUUCUUGUCUCUUAACUUUGGUUAACUUGAGCUCGAGCAAUCCUAGCCGUUCGUAGAGCUUAAGAAUCCGACGGUCUGAGUUUAACUUAUCUUGACCCGCGAA